CUGUUGUUACUCUGUCAAGAAAAUGAUGAAAGACAACAACCUUGUUCGUCACUUGGAUGCGUGUGAAACUAUGGGUAACGCCACCUCCAUCUGUUCUGAUAAGACGGGCACUUUGACCACUAAUCGUAUGACUGUUGUCCAGAGUUAUGUAUGUGGCACUCGUUAUAGAACGACACCAAAGUAUGAAAAUCUUCCUCCAAAUGUUGCAGAGAAAAUCCUUGGUUGCAUCUCGAUCAACUCUGCUUAUACGUCUCGUAUUUUGCCUCCAGAUAACCCUGGGGACCUACCGAAACAAGUAGGCAAUAAGACAGAGUGUGCCCUGCUCGGUUUUAUUCUAGAUUUAGGCAGAGAUUAUCAGACUGUUCGAGAUGAUAUCCCAGAAGAGAAGUUACACAAAGUUUACACCUUCAACUCUGUUCGAAAAUCAAUGAGUACGGUUAUUCCCAUUGAAAAUGGAUUUCGAGUCUACACCAAAGGAGCCUCCGAAAUGGUCAUGAAAAAGUGUUCUUAUAUCUUGGGAACAGAUGGCAAAUUAGAAAGGUUUUCCCAAGAGGCUCAAGAUAAACUCGUGAGAACAGUGAUCGAACCUAUGGCUUGUGAAGGCCUGCGUACCAUUUGCCUGGCAUACAAAGAUUACGUUCGAAGAAACCCAGACAUGAAUCAGGUGCAAUAUGAUGUAGAGCCUCCAUGGGACGAAGAAGACCACAUUCUAUGUAAUUUUACGUGCUUGUGUGUGGUUGGCAUUGAAGAUCCUGUUCGCCCAGAGGUGCCCGAGGCUAUAAGAAAAUGUCAGUGCUCGGGCAUAACUGUUAGGAUGGUAACUGGAGACAACAUAAAUACGGCUCGCUCCAUAGCCAUGAAGUGUGGUAUAAUUAAACCUGGAGACAACUUUCUGGUGCUUGAAGGAAAAGAGUUUAAUCAGAGGAUACGAGACAGCUCUGGUGAGGUCCAGCAACAUCUGAUUGAUCAGAUAUGGCCUCAGCUUCGAGUUCUAGCUAGAUCCUCACCUCAGGACAAGUACACUCUGGUGAAGGGAAUCAUCGAUAGUAAAGUGAACACUAACAGAGAAGUCGUUGCAGUUACUGGAGAUGGAACCAAUGGGCCUGCCUUGAAGAAGGCAGAUGUAGGCUUUGCCAUGGGGAUUGCAGGUACUGAUGUUGCAAAGGAAGCAUCUGACAUCAUUCUCACUGAUGAUAACUUUACGAGUAUUGUGAAAGCUGUGAUGUGGGGACGGAAUGUGUACGACAGCAUUGCCAAGUUUUUACAGUUUCAGUUAACAGUCAACAUUGUAGCUGUGAUUGUUGCCUUUGUUGGAGCUUGUGCUAUAGAAGACAGCCCUCUGAAAGCAGUACAGAUGUUAUGGGUCAACUUGAUCAUGGACACACUAGCUUCUUUAGCUCUGGCCACCGAACUUCCUACCCCUGAUCUAUUAUUAAGGAAGCCGUACGGCAGAACCAAACCUCUCAUCUCCCGCACAAUGAUGAAGAACAUUCUUGGACAUGCUGUUUAUCAGUUAAUUGUGAUCUUUACAUUGUUAUUUGUUGGUUAG